GCAGCUGAGUUCCUCUCACUCUCUUCCACAUUGCCCGAUGGAGUCAGUGGGAGCGCUGGGAAGCCCCAUUGGGGGAAGCUCCAACUUACUCAGUUUGCCGGCUCCCUGCCCUUGGGAAGAGGAUGAAGAGUCGCUGGGAUUGGAUGGAAUUAAACCUAAAUCUUCACCCAUACCGAGACGACGAAGCUCUUCGUCCUCUGAUGACUCCCUGCCUCCCCCUUCCAGCAGCAGAAGAGUGUCCUUUGCUGACGCCUUUGGUUUGAGUCUUGUUUCAGUAAAGCAGUUUGAUGCUUGGGGAGCAACUCCACCAUCAGGCCCUCCGGAAAGCGACUUGAACGAAGAUAAGGAGUACUAUAUGGUCCCUCUUUUCACUCUUUCACAAACUUCUGAGGAGUUAGAGCUGCGGGUUCACGAGCAGAAGAUAGAACUGGAAAGUUUAGAGUUGCUUUCUGGGACCACAACUCUCAGAGGGAUCAUCCGUGUGCUGAAUGUGUGUUUUGAUAAGAUGGUCUUUGUUCGUACUUCUUUGGAUUCCUGGAGAAGUCAUUUCGAUCUGCUGGCUGAGUACGCAUCUGGGUCGAACAAUGGCGAGAUGGAUUGUUUCUCCUUCAAGCUCACACUGGUACCCCCGUUUGGAGAAGAAGGCGCGAGGGUUGACUUUUGUUUGAGAUAUGAAACGUCUGUAGGCACUUUUUGGGCAAACAACAGUGAAAAGAACUAUUCUUUGUUUUGUUGUGAGAAAAUAAAGGAGAAGGCCCAAAAUGAGAGUGAAAACCGAAGAAAAAGUUGUCUGAAAAUAACCAGCACAAAUUCAUCAGCUUCAACCUCUACGACAACAAAUAAAGAAGAGCUUCCUGUUGUAAACCUAAAUGAUGUAAAGGCAACUGAUCCAGAGCCUGUAAGUGAAAACUCUGAGAAACGUGAAAACGAAAGCAAGGAACUAGUGGAGGAAAUGAGCAGAAACCGCAGCCGAAGGAACAGAAGGAAGGCUGCACGAUUAGAAAAAGUCAAGGAGCACUUUGCUAAGAGAGAGGAAGAACAAAAACGAGGGACCAGGAUGAAAGAGAGUGAAGUUACAGCAGAAACUAGCACUCAGAGACUGGAAAAGACACCACGCAGCUCUCUAUCCCAACAAACUCCUCAACCACCAACAGACACCCAAAUAUCAUCAUCACCAGCUGAGUCCCUCAAAUCUACAGAUCACAUAGGAGACUCCAAAGACAUCUGCCAUAAAGACAGUAUGAUUAACUUUUCCACAGCACAUACAAAUUUACCCCUGGGAGACUCCAUAAGUUGUAAUGAAACCAUCACAAGCUCUGCUUCUCAAGUUCUGAAGGACGUCCCUCUUACAGAUGACCUUACUGACCAAAAAGUUUCAAACAGUCAGUCUUUUACUGAAUGCCAAAAUUCAGACUUGUCCAUGUGUAAGGAUGUUGAAAGAGCAUGGGAGCACUUUGAGAAGGAUGCUAAGCAAAGAUUAAAACAUUUGGCGCUGAGUUCAAAGGUGGAUGAAGAUGUGAAUGUUGCUGAUGGGAAUCAAGAAGAUAAUAUGAGCUUGAAAACUGCCAACACACAGACUCAGCUGUUUUCUCAUGGCUUCACGUUUGGCACCAUUGUAGCUCCACUUUAUCAUCAGGUUUUUAAAAACAUGGAAAUUGAGAAAAAAGACUUUCCAAAGAAGCUACAAGUAGACAGGUCAUUUAAGGAACUGGAGAACAAGAGUCUAACUGCGGUUACAACCCCUGAGACUUGUAUAUCUUCAAAACAGGAAGUACACAGUAUUAGUGUUGACGACUGCAAAGCAUCAACAGAUCAGAACAAAUCAGUAAACCCAACCAAAAGUCCUCUUUCUGAGUCAAAUAAAAGUAAAUGUGUUGAAGGUUCUUACAAUCAGAAUGAUUAUACUAGUGGUUACCCAACAUACAAUACAUUUAUUGAAGCAAACCUUCCUAAAGUUACAUCCAGCCAACUAGAUCCUCCUCUAGGAGAAUGUAAAGAUGAAACGUUCCAGGAAGAUUACUGCCACAACCCUUGUUUAUUUCCCCUACAAGGUACACAACAUUUAGUCAAUGCAAAUCAAGCAACAGAGUCAUGUAUUGACAACCUAUCUGAACAAAUAGAUCCUUCAUCACCCACAUCAGCUGUAAAGACUCCACUAUCUUUGAAUAAUCAGAUCUCUAGUAUCAAAACUAAAAUGUCACAAAACCAGGACGACCCAACAAAUAUCCACACCAAAGAAGAUAUAUUAGUUCAAACAGAGAAUCCAAUCAACAUUCUUGCCAAAUCUCCAGAUGACCCCACAACUUCAGGGAUCACGUUGGGUAAUAAAUUGGAGCUUGACUGCUCUAACAUGAUAUCAUUCAUUGAAAAACCUGAAGAUCUUUGUGACUUAGCAAACACAACAACUGUGCUAACAGAACAAUGUGCACAACUGGAGGACACAGAGAUAAAUAUGUGCAAUACUAUGCAGAGCUGUCACGUGAAUGAUAAGAAGGAAGAAUUUUCUUCACAGACUUCAGAGAAGGAGUGUACAAACAUUAUCGACUGUGAAGGAGAACAGAUCACAUUAGCUAAUAAAGAAGUGGAGGAAGGUUGCAAAUUUACAAAUUCUGAGAGCCCUGAGGAGGAAGAACAAGGAACUGGAAAAGGAGAAGAGAAGAAAGACCAAGAACCAGACGAACAAAAAGGUGGAAAUGACAAGCAAGAGAAUAAGGGAGGAAUAAAGAGCAUUGAAGAUGAGUUGAAAUACAUAGAUGAUGAAGAGGAUUUGGACGAAAUGGAACCUGAGAGAGAAAAUAAGCAAGUAGAUGUUGAUUAUUUGGUUCUUGAAAGAGAUUCUGAGGAACAGAAGAGGUUCAAUAGUACCUGCAAUGUUCAAUCAGUAACCCAACAGAAUAUUGACUUAAAUGAAUGUCUAUGUGGAGUUGAGGUGUUGGAAAACAAAGAGAGUUACAACAGUGGAGUACAGAUCUGUGAGGAAACUGGAACAUCUUGGCAAGAAUCAUCUCAAAAGAGUGAUACUGAAGUCAGUGGAAGUACAGAAGCGUUAGAGAAUAGCUGGGAUCCCAGUGAUAAAGAAAUGAAAGUAUUCUGUGAAAGUGAGACUAUGGAUGAUUAUAAAAACAUGGAAUGUGAGCCAAAAGACUCAUUGACCAGAGAUUCUGAAAACACUGAAGACAAUACUUCAACAGAAUCACAGAUCGAUGAAGAGAUGGAGCUGUACUUGAACAGUCUGAGGAAUUCACAACAGUCAGUAUUCAGAGAAGGCACAGUGAGCGGAAGCAAAAGACCCUCUAUAAGCCGAAGGAGACCAUCAAUGCCUUCAAUCUCAGAGUCUGUGGAUGAGGAUCGGCCAAAUAGUUCUCUUGAGGACUUGUCAAAUAUUGCGUUUCUCAUGGAGCUGGAAAGAGCUACGCUGCCCCUAGUGGACGGGAAUGAACGUGUCAUUGGGCGUAACGUCCUGUGGUGGAAGGAGUUUCUGUCGUAUGAUAAUAUGAAAAGGAUGAUUGGAUACACACUUUUGCUGAUAGUGUUUUUGGUCGCAGCGUAUCAUUAUGACUUCAUCGCAUGCUUUUCACUGUAUCUUCUUACAGUGUAUUGGCUGUUUCAUCAAGGGGAGGGAGAACCAUUGAAAAACUCUCGAAAAGUUGAAAAAAGGUUGCAGUAAAUGUGAUUUUGUUUUAUAGAAAUAUGGAAGAUUUCUGAAUAUAAUUGAAUGUAAUAUCUCACCAUUGGUAAAGAUGUUAUUUUAUAUCCCUUACAGAAAUGAACCUUUAUUAACCUUAACCUAACCUUUUUAAUAGUAAAAUUGUACCUAUGCCUAACCCUAACCAUGCCUUUUGGUGCACUUACUUCCAUUUGUAUAACCACAAUUCUUCUGCAAUUACCAUGGUAAAACUAUGCUUAGAUUUGCAAAACUAUAGUAAUUUUGUGGUUGACUAUGGUAACCCCAUGGGAACCCCCAAAUUAGCCAAAUUAGACUAUGGUAACCCCAAAUUAGCCAUGGAUUUGCAACACCAACCAUAGUUUAAGCAUGGUGUUUGUAGUAAAACCGAAGUCAAUGCACCAAAAAACAUGAUUACUACAAUUUUACUAUAAAAUACAUGGAUAAUUUUUGUAAGGGAUGACGGACUCGUGAUUGAAGAAACAAAAUGAUACAUAAACUGUAUAAGUAGGUAUAUUUCCUUGCUGUAUGGACAACAUUGUUUAAACAUAAUAUCACAAUGCUCUUUACGCAAAGCUGAUUAUACAGAAAGGGAUUGACUGAGGGGGUAUAUGUAGCAAUCUUUCGGUUAUAUGGUGCUUGGUACAGAGAUGAUUAAAGGACCACUGGGUGAGUGAAAAGGUAAAGUUUGACAGAUUAUGGAAGAUUAGACUUGAAAAGGGAUUUUAGUGCAAUUUUACUAACAUAAUUGUAUGUAUAACUUAGCCUAAUUAGCACAGCCUUAUUAGAUUUUAAUGUGUAUAUACAAUUGAAGUCAGAAUUAUUAGCCCUCCUUUGAUUUUUUUAUCUCUUUUUUAAAUAUUUCCCAAAUGAUGUUUAACAGACCAAGGAAAUUUUCACAAUAUGUCCGUUAAUAUUUUUUCUUCUGGACAAAGUCUUAUUUGUUUUAUUUUGGCAAGAAUAAAAGCUUUAAAAUUUUUUUUAAACCAUUUUAAGGUCAAAAUUAUUAGCCCCUUUAAGCUAUUUUUUUUUCAAUAGUCUACAGAACAAACCAUCUUUAUACAAUAACUUGCCUAAUUGCCCCCUAACCUGCCUAGUUAACCUAAUUAACCUAGUUAAGCCUUUAAAUGCUUCUAUCAUACUUUAUGCUGGAUAGAAGUGUCUUGAAAAAUAUCUAGUCAAAUAUUAUUUACUUUCAUCAUGGCAAAGAUAAAAUAAAUCAGUUAUUAGAAAUGACCCUGCUAAAAAAUCCAGUUUAAAGCAGCCUGGGCUGGUUGACCAGCCUGGUUUUAGAGGGGUUUUGGCCAUUUCCAGGCUGGUUUCUAGUCAUUUCCAACCUGUUCUUAGCUGGUCAGGCUGGAAAAUGACCGGCUAAAUUCAGCUAAAACCAGCUUGACCAGCCUGGUUUAAGCUGGACAUGCCUGGUUUUGGCUGGGCUCCCAGCCUGUCUAGGCUGAUUAAGCUGGUCAUUUUCCAGCCUGACCAGCUAAGACCAGCCUGGAAAUGGCUGGAAACCAGCCUGGAAAUGGCCCAAACCCCUCUCUAAAUCCAGGCUGGUCGACCAGCUAAAACCAGCCAACCAGCCUAGGCUGGUUUAAGCUGUUAUUUUUUCAGUAGGGGAGAUAUUAAAACUAUUAUGUUUUAAACUAUUAGGUCUAAUAAUUCAGGGGUGCUAAUGAUUCUGACUUCAACUAUAUAUACUAAAAUACAUAUACAACAGUAAAAAUGUUUUUUUUUUCAGCCAAAAGUUGCACACACACACACAAAGCUCAAGUUCUAUUGAUGUUGAAGCAUAUUUCUCACAAUGCAGUCGAUAAAUUGAACAUUAAUGUAAACAGAAAUGAAUUUAUUCUGUUAUAGCUAUUUUCCAUGUUUCCAUGCUUGUACCAGAGAUUACCAAUUCUUUGAUUCUUUACAUAUCAUCUGGUUUGUUUACACUCACUAACUAUUUGACGUUACGACAUAUGGUCUUAACAUUUGCAAAUCUCCAAACUGACCAGUUGUUGCUUCAUCAGAACAGGUACUGUAAGUAGACACAGGUGUCUACUAACAAUGAAUGAACUAUGCUGAAUAAACUGUGAUUUCCUUAGUACCUAAA